AUGUCUCUCGUAUCUGGAAAUACAACCAAGAAACAAACAAGUUUACCAUUUUCCAACACUUCUACUUCCUCAACUAACAAGCCUUAUUUGCAAAAUGAAAAAUUGUGGACUGCAGUUGCAUUUCAACAAGAGUUUACGGAAUCUCUGAAUAAUCACGGAUUAUUGGGUAAGAAGAAAAAGUUUGAACAAGAUCCCACAAAACGAAAACCAACUCUAUCUCAAAAGAUGGGUCUCAAAGAACCUCCUCCCAAAAAGUUGACAGAUUCUCAGUGGAAUAACGUGGAAAGAAACCUUGUCACAAAUAGAUUGAGCCAUUUGGAAGAUGGAUGUCCUAUUUGUUUCGAAUCUUUUGCAUUUAAUGAUAUUGUUUGUAUUACUAAUUGUGGACAUGUGUAUCAUCAGAAUUGUUUGCAAAGUUUUGAAAGAUGUAAUAUUUGGAGGAAGAGAAGUUGUCCAAUGUGUAGAUUAGAGGAUUAUCAAAGAAAGGAGACCAAGCUUCAUUUGAGUCUUCUAAAGAAUACUUGUGCCUUAAUGGUACAGAGCUUGUGUAGAGGAAAUGUGAUGAGGAAAAUAUAUAGGAGACUCUACUUUGCUAAAUAUCCAGAUAGGCAUGAAAAAUAUUGCGUCUCUAAAUUAUCGAGCAUUAAUGAAAGAUUGGAAUCACGAGUUAUUCAGGAUGAAAAGAAUGUGGACGAUUUUCUUAAACGAAUUGAUGAACAAGUCAAACAAAGUCUUCUCAUUCUUAACAUGCAAGAAGAUCAAUGGAAUAAGGUAGAGUCGAAAGCCCUUGGAAGAGAAGAAAAAGAUGAGGAGUGUCCUAUCUGUCUGUGUGCAUUCAAAGGUCGUAAGUGUACCAUCACAAGUUGUGGUCACAUAUUUCAUGAAAAGUGUUUGAGUUCAUUUGAGAAAUUUAUUGAGAGUAAGAAUCAAAAGUGUCCAGUUUGCAGACAAAUCUAUGUCAAGAAACCCAUUUCCUUUGACGAGUGA